GUGACACCUACCACGAAUAACAGAAUUAAUUUGUCAAUAGCUGUUGUCAUCGAGGAAAAUUUUUGUUUUGUAGAAUUUUUGUAAAGAAAAUUAUUGAAAAAUGUCAUCCAAUGCACAGAAGGCUCAGCAAUUAAUAGCUGAAGCUGAGAAGAAAGUGUCCUCGAGGGGUUUCUUCGGAUCUCUCUUCGGAGGGUCCAGCCGCAUCGAAGAUGCAGUGGAAUGUUACCAAAGGGCUGCAAACCUGUUUAAAAUGGCGAAAAAUUGGGAUGCUGCUGGAAAGGCCUUUUGCGAAGCAGCAAACUUGCAUUCGAGAAGUGGGGCUCGUCAUGACGCUGCUACUAAUUUCGUAGACGCAGCCAACUGCUAUAAGAAAGCUGACAUUAGUGAGGCUGUUAAUUGCUUGCUGAAAGCUAUAGAAAUCUAUACAGACAUGGGUAAAUUUACGAUGGCGGCCAAGUACCAUCAAAACAUUGCCGAAAUGUACGAGACUGAUCCCGUUGACCUAGAACGAGCCGUUCAGCACUACGAACAGGCUGCGGACUACUUCCGAGGCGAAGAGAGCAAUUCAUCCGCAAACAAAUGUCUUCUAAAAGUGGCCCAGUACGCAGCACAGCUCGAAAACUACGAAAAAGCAAUACAAAUCUACCAAGAAGUAGCUUUUUCGGCUUUAGAGAGUUCCCUGUUAAAAUACAGUGCUAAGGAGUACCUGUUUAGGGCCGCUCUCUGCCAUUUAUGUGUGGAUAUUCUCAAUGCCCAGCAUGCUGUAGAAAGUUAUAUUCAAAGGUAUCCUGCAUUUCAAGAUUCCCGGGAAUAUAAAUUGUUGAAAACGUUGAUGGAACACAUUGAAGAGCAGAAUGUUGAUGGAUAUACAGAUGCUGUCAAUGAUUACGAUUCUAUCUCUCGUUUAGAUCCUUGGUAUACUACGAUCUUGCUGCGUAUUAAAAAGCAACUCAAUGAGAGCCCCGAUUUACGUUAAAAUUAUGCUUGUAACCAUAUUGUUCAUAUUAUUUUUAAGUGUUAUAUUGAAAGACCUAUAGUUUAUUUAUUGUUGAAUUAUUCCACGUUUUGAUUCACGUUUGGUCUAAUAAUAGCACUGCAAGUUAUUUUUUGAGGAUACCUAUAUUUUUUAAGAAUAUAUUAUUUUACGAAUCCUUCAAUAUUAUUAAAGCUUGUGAUAAAUUUCAGAUGAGGUACAUUUUGUAGUUAAUGCAAUGGUUAUAAAUAAAUAAUUUAUUUUUUAUUUUGUUUUUUCUUAUGUUUUUUAUAAUAAGUAUUUAUUUUUUUAUUUGGGUUAACUUUAAUACUGUGCUAUUUUGGACCAAAUUCGCUUGCUUUGAGUCAUAGUAAACGCAAUAAUUUCUUGAAAGUAGUUUCGCUAAUAACAUUUUAUAAAUAUUUAGCUGUGGCUCAUUUUUGGGUUGAUAUCGCAAAAUAUAAUUAAAUUUUUAUUAAAACUAAGUAUGAUAUUGUUUUUGCGAUGCACUUAAUUUAAUGACUUAUUUAUUUAUAGACUACUAACUACUUGCACAAUAAAUAAUCCACCGGUGUUUGAAAAUUUUACUGUUAAAAAUAGAUUACUGGGUAGUUUAAUGUGCAAGUUGUUCAGUUUUUAUGUAAUCUUAAUAUAUUUUAUGCUUAGAAAUUUUUUCAACGCCAACUGGAAUCUCAAGCAUCAUAAAUUUAAAAUAACAACGAACUGUAUAAACGGACUCAUUAGUUGUGAAGAUUUCUAAAGUUAGUCCCAUUUAAAAUGACUUAUACAUAAUUUGCGUAUUAUUUUAAGUAGCUAGUAAUUAAUAAUUCGAUUGAAAUAAAAAUGCCGUAAAAACUAGUGAUAUCAGAUAUGCUUUUAAUUUAAUAAUGUAUAAAAUUGCAUGUUUUGUAUGAUUACAAAGUGAUCAACAUGUAACACUGAAUUAUUAAUACAACUUAUGUUUGCAUAAAAUUUCUGGAAAAUGUGCAUUGCUCAUCUGUUGGAAAAUGUGACAAAUGAUUUAGAAAUUUACUGUUUUUAAAUUAGAAUAGUUAAAAUCGACGUAUCAUUUACAUAAAUAACGUGCAUCGGUUUAUAGAUCAUUUGCGAUGUUCUACUGACUAAGAUUUUAGCUGAAAAAAGAUUAAUUGGAUCAACUUUAGGUGACUAUAAUAGUAUUCAUAUUAAUAUUUUUAUUCUGUAAACGUUUAGUUUCAGGCAAAUGUUAUAAUGAAGCAUUAAGAUUGGCUAUACGUAAUCGAUUAUAGAAUAUUUGUGGGUAGUAUGUAUUGGUGUGUUUGUAGAAAUUAAAAUGUAAAAAAUCAUAAGCUUUUUGUUCUGUUAUUUAAGUUGCUUACAUCACUAUAGUACAAUUACAAUAGCCAAUUUUGCACCGGUCAGGCAUCUUUUAUUCAAAUUUCGAAGCAUAUUUUAUAGUAGAGUGAUAUUCCAUUAAAAUAAAUAUUUACCAAGUAAAAGUCGAAUAUAAACCGUGUUGGCCCUGUUUCGAGCUAAAUUAAAAUUAUGCAUUAAGCAUUGGGUCCGUAGUUAAUUGUUAAAAUUUAUUAACAUAAGCAUACAACGGGUUUUAGCUAAUACAACUGCACUAUAUAGUUCCGAGAGUUUUUAAUGAAAGGAGUGAAAAUAUAAACUUUUGCCUAUAUUACGUAUAACAUAUCUUAUACAGUUUUAUAAUGUUUAUUCGAUAGGAAAUGUUUCCUUUUACGUGACAUGUAACGACUUUAAUACUUUCGAUAACAGCGUGUAUAAUCAUUUUUCAGAAAUAUUAAGAUUGUAUCUCGGUAGGCUAAGAUAUAGCAGGCGCAAACAUUUCAUUGUAAUUAUAUGUUUAGUAUUUUUAUUGAUUACAUAGGAACGUUUUUAUUAAUGUACUAUAUAACUUAUUUCUUUCGGAGUAACUAAACUAAAUAUAUUUUUCACAAUUUCGGGAGUUUUUCAGAUGUCUCUCAGUUUUUUUUUUAUUUUUUAGAAAUUUUCCGUAGAGAAUACUAUUGGCAAGAUAUUGUAUAAAAGUUUUCUUCCUUAAUAAGUGAGAUUUCUGAAAAUACUCCAUUUAUGCAUAAUAAGAAUUGCAUGUGUAUUCUAAAUAGUCUUGCUUGUUAAUUUUAAUACAAAUGUAUAUUUUCAUUAAGUAAGUUCUAUGUUCUGGUAUAAAUUAUCUAAUUGGGAAGAAUAUAUUUGCACUCUUGCACUUCUUGUGACUAUUUAGUUUCUAUUAAAAAAAGUAUUUUCGGUUUUAAGCAAAUUACUCCAAAUUAUUGGUAAAUUUG